GCACCUGUUCUGUCUAAGGGAAUCGGUCAUUCUGUAAAUCCGGCCAAUAGCUUGGUGCUGAAGGUCCUCUCAGCUUCUCCUUCAGCGUAUUCAGCUAAUCCUAAAUCGAAAUUAUCAACUCCACCAAUGCUUACUGGAUCCGCGAUCGGUCUUGUUUCAGUUGUGCAGGCAAGAAAUAAUGCCCGAAUUAUGAUAUCUGGCUCCUUAAGCAUGUUUAGCAACCGAUUCUUCAGUUCUGGGGUGCAAAAAGCUGGUGGCUCGAAUAACUAUGAGAAAUCAGGGAAUGAGCAGUUUUUGACCCAAAUUAGCACGUGGGUUUUCCAUGAAAGAGGUCAUCUCAAGGCUGUGAACGUGAGACAUCACAGAGUUGUGGAGACAGAUGAACCGUCCAUAUACAGAAUCAAUGACGAAUUGGAAUAUUCUGUUGAGAUCUAUGAAUGGUCUGGAAAAAGUUGGGAACCCUAUGUGGCUGAUGAUGUGCAAGUUCAGUUUUACAUGAUGAGCCCCUACAUAUUGAAAACCAUGUCAACUGAUAAGAAGGGUGUCUAUUAUACAACUUUCAAGGUUCCAGAUGUUUAUGGAGUAUUCCAGUUCAAGGUUGAGUAUAACAGGCUAGGAUACACGAGCUUGAGCCUUUCAAAGCAGAUUCCUGUUCGGCCCUUCAGACACAACGAAUAUGAGAGAUUUAUAACAGCUGCUUUUCCCUAUUACGGAGCAUCCUUCUCUAUGAUGGCUGGUUUCUUUAUUUUCUCCUUGGUAUAUCUCUACCACAAGUAAGACGUAAGGAAUGGAGACUGAAUCUAGUGCAGGUUUUGCAUCUGAAGGUUUAAGUUAGAAAUACAGGAUAUAGCGUGUUUAGCCAAUAGUGUUCUACGAAACAAGUAUAUUCUUGUAAUUUGGCUGUGUGCUUCGUGGCAAAAUCAAGUGAAUUGUUGCGUACUAUGUUCUAAUAUGCUGUUCAAGAUGUGAUUGUCUAAUUAUUUUUUCCUUUUCUUGGUUUUAGUCGAGAUGAUGAGUUGCCACCUUGUUACAGCGAAUUGUAAGUCUUUUCCAAUGCACUUUUUUCUAGGCCCACUAUCAGGAGUAAGUUUGAGGUGUUCAAAGAUAUUAUUUUUCUAAUUUGGGCUGAAAUUGCGUUGUUAGUGUGGACAGAA